GCGAGGCACAGCAACAAGUGAAGGUACUGGUCGAUCAAGGCGUUCUCUCUCUCUCUCUCUCUCUCUCUCUCUCUCUCUCUCUCUCUCUCUCUCUCUCUCUCUCUCUCUCUCUCUCUCUCUCAAAUGUGUUAUUCUCCCACAGUAAGAACGGAAAGCAGAAGUAAGCUGAAUGGGGCGGGGAGUGAGGCGACCAAAAGCCACGCGUGAGCCCCGACACAACCACUGAAUUCGGCCCCAAUUCUAAAACGCUUUACUCUUACCACCAUUAUUUUCAAAGGCCAUUUAGACAAUUAGAUGGAUUCUCAGCAGUGUUUCUCCUGUUAAUAAUAUAGAAUUUUUUGUUAGUAUGUCACUAGAACCAUAAAAACAACCUUAAAAAACCGUGUCGCUUCAACUAGAGCAUUUGGAGCGUCGUGAUGGUGCGGCACAGAAAUCUUUCGGAAUAUGAGUAGCUGACUUACAAAAAUACCCUCAUUACUUUAUCCUCAACACCUCACCAUUAACUUGAUCCCACUGACAGGCAGAUUGUGGAGGUCGUUCCUAGCACACCAUGAAAUCAAGACAAGUGGUGCAUUUACAGUUAGGAAAGUAAAUUAGUUGAGUGAUGACAGUCGCUCGGACACACAUGAUAGUUUUACACAAACGUUGACAUAAAGACGAUUGUUCCGUCACUUUGAGGAAUAAGUGACGAUGACAAAUAAGUAAGAGAUUAAUGACAGUGAGUGACAAAUAAAUGAUAAAUAUUGUAAUGCUCGUAAUUUGAAGCACGGUAACGGAAGCAGCGUACACAGAAACAGAAGCAAUACAGCUUUCAGUCCGUACGUGUGAGGACACUAUGCUCCACAAUCCCUCAGACGUGCUCCUGCUUGACUGACGUAUCCCCGUGCCUGCAGUAGCGCCGCCACCAACCUCCACUCUUUGCGAGGGGUCAGGAAGGCGCAGCGGGACAGUGGUGGCGGCGGCGAGGGGCAUGGGCGGGGCGUGAGGCGAUGAGAGGCGUGCCACAUGCCGGGGGCAGCGUCCAUCGCCUCCAACAUGAAGAUGAAGGCGAGAUGGCACGAAGCGGUGAGGAAGCUGCAACUCACAGAUUGGGACACGCCGAUGGUGCGUCCCAAGAAAUUUGAAAUCAAGUUUGACGCUCCUGGAGCCGUGUACUUCUCAACACAGACCAUCACGGGCCACGUGCUGCUGGAGGUGACUGAGCCCAUCAACCUUAAGGGCGUCAAAAUGAGGUUCCGAGGAGAGUGCUGCAUCCACUUCUCCGACUACCCAACUCAGCUGCAGAAGCUGAAAAAGGGUGGAAAGGCAGCAGGCAGGAGACUGUUGAACAGCACCUCUUCCUCCUCCACCACCACCGCUACCAAUACAUGGCUCUCCCACCAGAAUGGGAUGAGACCCUCUUACGCUUUGGUGUGCACUUCAGACACACACAUGGCAUUGACAACCCUGGCUACAUUCCUGACACCCCAGGGAGUGAUGAUAAGCAAGACAACGGAGAAGGGUGGCAGUAGUGGUGGUAGUAGUAAGAGUUACAGCUGUGACAGAAGGAGUGGUGACCUUGGGCGCGUGACUGCCUUGUCACGACCCAGGUCAACAGAAGGUGCAUGGCUGGAGGGUUCCUUUAAAGGACCCCGCCAACACUACAGGGCACAGGAGACGUACUUUGACUGCGAGUUUUAUAUAUAUGGACACAAGUACCAGAAGGACGAGAAGGAGCUCCUUCCUGCUGGCAUGCACGAGUUCCCCUUUGCCUUCAAUUUGCCUCCCAACCUCCCACCGAGCUUCCACAGUGAAAAGGGAUUCAUUACGUACACCGCCAUUGCUAUUUUGGACCGUCCAGCUGCAGCCAACCUGGUGCAGAAGGCCGGGUUCAGCCUACAUUCCAUCCUGGACCUCAACAUGUUCUCCCAGGCUUCGUCUUCAUGUAGCCGCAGCAAGUCCAAAAACUGUGCUGUUUUCUGCUGCCAAACUGGUCCCAUCACUCUGGCAGCAAGGAUCCCUCGCAGAGGUUAUGUGCCUGGGGAGAAGAUCUAUGUCACAGCUGAGGUGGACAAUAUCUCUUCCAGGAACACACGCAAGACCAGGCUCCUCCUUCUUCAGGUCAUCACUUACAUCAUGCCCAAUGGUGUGAAGGAGGUGGUGGAGGAGCGGGUUGUGAAGGAGGUGGUGCGGGGCAUGAUACCCCCCGGAGAAUCUGACAUGUGGGAGGCUGUGGCCCUCACUGUGCCGCCGUUGGUGCCAGCCAAUGUCCACCUCACAUGCCGCCUGCUGGACGUCCAGUAUCGCAUAGAUAUGAUCCUGGAACCACCACUGCCAUCUGCAGAUCUGAGAGUCAGCAUGCCACUCACCAUUGGGUCAGUGCCGCUACGUAACCGCUUCACCACCUUCCUGCCGCCCGGUGAGACGCGGCGCUCAUCAGGCCUCCCAGGCAUCAAUUACACCAAUUUUCCUUUUUACUGGUUUGGUGAGUGUUUCUUCGGCUCGGAGGCGCUUGAGACACAGUAUGAACGAAUCACAGGAAUGACGGAGGACUAUGGCCCCCAGUUCAGUCCCAUCACGCCCUUUGCCCCAAAGUACAUAUGUUACACUCCUGGUAAUAAUGUGGAUGAAAAUGUUCGAUGACCCGAAGAAGGGAAGACUUUCAGGAUGACACUGAAAAGAGAUGCUUGGAAAUGUGAAGGAAAGCCCUAAGAAAGAAUGACAUGCUUGUGCUGCUGUGUGCAAGACCUAUUCUCCAAGUUCAAAAACUCAAAAUAGUGGAGUUAUUGCGUUUACCUGUGCAAAAGUAACUCCUUCUGUCUUAAGAAACAAAAUGAAAGUGAACAAUUUGCUUUAUUUAAAUAGAAGUGCCACUCAGUUAGAUGGCAAAGUUGCAGCAGGCAUUUGGAAGGGAAAAUAUUUAUAUACUAUAAGUUACAAGUUGUUGCAGAUACACUUAGAAUGUGUUAAAGGAAGUGAAGUCAGUGAAUGUGAGAAGAAAAUGUUAAUCUAUUCCAAGUAUAAAAGAUUCCAGUCUCAGAUGAGAAUGAAUUCUUGGUGGUGGAAGCAUUUACCAUUCCAUACAGCUAUACCAAUACAUACAUUUCCUUGGCAAUGUAAUGAUCCGUCAUAAACAUGCAUUCCAUCCUGAAAAUUUGCCAUUGCACCACUACUUCAUCAUUCAUUCUGAAGAAUGGAUGAAUAAUGAUGAAUUAGAGUGUAAUGACAUUCCUUUCCCUCUUCUUGGGAAAUUUAUUGUUUUCUUGCCAUUGUGUUUUUGUAAAAACAAUCAUUUUCAUGUGCAGUUUUGUGUGGAGGGUGCAGAACUUUCCCUCCAGUUACUGUCUUUAUUCCCUCUGAAAGCCUUCCACUCACUGGCUUGCACGCACUCACAUAUUUGUAAGAGAUCCUAGUCAAGAUAAUGAAGCUCUUUGCACAGCCCCUCAACUGGCCUGUCUGUCUCAUUGAUGAGGAAAGCUCCCAUACUUGGUCCUCAAUCUAAUCAAGAUGACAAGAGCAAUCACUUAAGAGAAACAAGUACAAAGAUAUCCCAAAAAUAAUCAAAUGUAUUGUUUUAAGUAUACGAGUUUUUAAAAUGUAUUAUUAUGGAAGGUCAAAAACUAAGGAAAUCAUCAAUAACCAGAAAUAAUGUUUUAUUAGUGGCAAUUUUUAAAUAAAAUAACUGGAGAGACCUAUA